AUGCUCGUCUCCCUCACAGUUGGCAAGGUCGAUGCCGGCGUUGCUGUCCUCUUGACCGAAGAUAAACGCCUCAUCGAAUUCCCCAGUAUCCUCCUGCCACCCGACAUCUCUUCGGGGAGCAUAGUCGACAUCGACGUUGGGCGAAACUACAAAGCCGAAUCCGACGCCGCCAAAGCCUUCCACGAGCUCCAGUCUGAGAUCUUCCGCACCUUUGGCCAGCGCACGCCCUCGGCCCCCGGCAUCCGCUGUCGCAAUGCCACGCAAACCUCAGUAGUCCUCGAGUGGGAUCCCAUCGAUGUUGCCAUGGCCGAACUCCGCAGCCUCACCUUGUACCGCAAUGGCAGCAAGGCAGGCACGAUCCCCAAGCCCGGCGAGGUACACAGCACCAAGCUGAGCGGUCUGGCGGUGGAUACCGAAUACACCUUCCAUCUAGUGCUCAAGACCAGCGCGGGCACAUUUAGCAGCGAGAAGCUAAAGGUGCAGACACACAAGAUGACGGAUCUAUCUGGCAUCACCAUAACACCGGGCCACAUGCCCGCUUCUCUCCGCGAGUCGCUGCAGCGAUCUGUCGAGCGAAUUGGCGCCAAGAUUGCGGACAACGUUCGUAUCGACACGACACAUUUCGUAUGCACCGAAGGCAGAGGGCCGGCGUGGGAAAAAGCCGUCGAGAACAACAUCCCUGUUGUGGUGCCAGAUUGGGUCAUCGGGUGUGAAAGAGAAGGCAGAAUUGUCGGCGUGAGAGGCUAUUACUUGAACGCAGACCCGAGAUUACGAAACGUCGGGCCAGGAUCGUCGCAACAACAGCCCCAGCAUGCGCAACCACAACAACAGCAACAACAGCAACCGCAACCCAAGAGUCCAAUACAGAGUCCUCGAACGGAGAUUACGCCGCCAACCCCUGAAAGACCGACGCCCGGUCGCGACACAGAUGGUGCGGCGCCCCCUCCUCCACCGCCCAAGGACAGCAUCAGCGAGAAGAGCGAACCGACGACACCAGAGCCGAAGAGUCAGGCAGAAGAACAGAAAGUUAGGACCGAGGACCUGAAACCGCAGCAUGAGAAGGAGAAAGAGCAGGAUGACGAUAGCGAAGAAGAGUCAGAACCCGAGUCAAGUGAUGGCAAGGCGCAAGAAGCUGGCCUGCCAAAUAGGUCAAAAUCGGGACAGGCGUCUGUUGAGGACGAUGACGAUGGAGCUAGUUUCCAAGAGGUGCAGCUUUGA